AAUUGCCGGCAGAAAAACCCACGUGGCACCCUCCCCUUUUGUCUUCAUAUAUUCAAAAAUUCCCUUUUUUCUCUCCAGGCAAUACCUCUCCCUCUGUGGUUGUUUUGAUCUCAAGGAGAAGAAUGAAAGGCGAUCGCCGGAAAAUCUCCAUGCCGCCUGUUGAUGUUCGGAAAGAUCGAGAUGACGAUCUGCUUCUCUUUUUUGAGAUGCGUAGGUGUGAAAAGGAUCGAACGAUCAAUCUCCUUCAGCCAGUUUCCGAGGAGUUCGAGCCCAACUCCGGAAAUGGGAAUUAUCCUCUGUACAGAAUACCUUCAGCGAAGAAAGGAACUGGCAACGAUUUCCUUGACAUCCACGGCAAAAACGAUUAUGACUGGCUGAAAACACCACCAGCAACACCUCUAUUUCCGUCUCUAGAAAUGGAAGCAGCUGGAUCUGACUUAGUUAUUCAAAAAGAGAUCCCAAUACUCCAGCCUAUCAGACUUUCGCGGUUUUCAAGCAAGACGGAGCCAUCGAAAGAUUCAAAACCCAAUACCGAUACGAAAUCUCCGAAGCCGAAACCUUCAGUUUCCUCCAGAUCCAUAACACCGACAUCGAAAACCAGCGUUUCGGGGAAAAAUUCAUCAACCCCAAAGGGAAUUUCGGAUAAAACGGCAAAAUGGGGCUCGAAUCCCAACAAAGCAUCAAGCAUCUCUUCGAUCUCAGCAAAACCCACCAACCCAAAAGAGCUCACUCCCAAAACCGAUACGAACUCGCCGAAACAAAGAGCAAACGUGUCGGAUCCGAAACCGAGAAGCAGGGGCGUGUCGCCUAUGGUGAGAUCGAGAAUACCCGCUACGAUUCCUGGGUUCUCCGAUGAGACUCCUCCGAAUCUCAAGACAACAAUCUCAGACCGAUCAACGUCCGCUUCGCGGGGGCGGCCGGCGAAUUCAACGGCUGAUGUCAAACAGGAUAUCGGGAAGCAGAGGAGACAAUCGUGCUCUCCGAGCGUUACGAGAGGUAGAAAACCGGAAAUCGGGCAGGAGUCCAAAGGGAAGAUCGCAACGGGAAACGGGUCUUUGCUUUUGGGGAGUCGGAUGGUGGAGAAGGUGAUGAAUGCCAGGAAAUCGAACGGACCAGAUGAGAAAGAUCCUAAACCGAAAUAUCGGGUUUCGGGCAAUGAGAAUUCGGGUUUCGGGCGAAUGAUAUCGAAGGGUUCGUUGGAUAUGGCCCUCAAACACAUGGAAAUAAAAAGAAAUCCAAUUAAUUUUCAUCACUACAACACUAUCGGUGUAAGAAAGCCAUCAAGCAGUAACUCGAGUUUAAACCUGAGCCCACGGCGUACAGUUGAGGAAGACGAAAGCGAAAAUCUUGAGAGCUGGAGAGGUCGGAGAACAUAAAAGAAUUCCACCGAGAGGAGAAGGGAGGAUUGAAUGUGGCUUAUGUUGAUACAUGCUAUUUGUCUAUUGGAUCAGAACUAUCCUAUGAAGAGAAAUGUUUGGAUGAUUUACCCUUGGGCCACUCAUCUGGUCUAGUGUGGAUAAUGCCCUGGAGGCCU